AGCAGCAUCGUCUUGUAUCACUGGACCCAGUCUUUCAGCUCCAGAAGGUCCGUCUAGUGAUUGCAGAAAAAGGUGUGCUGUGUGAUGAGCGGGAUGUUAGUUUGCCGUUGACUGAACACAAGGAACCCUGGUUCAUGCGUCUCAACCUGGGUGAAGAAGUGCCGGUACUAAUCCACGAGGACAAUAUUAUCAGUGAUUACAAUCAAAUCAUUGAUUAUUUAGAGAAAAGCUUUGUGGGAGAAAAUGUCCCAGUAUUAAUUCCAGAAGCAGGGAGCCUUGUAUAUUCCAGAAUGCAACAUUACAGAGACCUGUUGGACUCACUUCCUAUGGACGCCUACACUCACGGCUGCAUUCUGCACCCAGAAUUGACGACAGACUCCAUGAUCCCAAAGUAUGCCACUGCUGAGAUCCGAAGACAUUUAGCAAACACAGCAGCCGAGUUAAUGAAGCUUAACGAAGAACAACCUAAACUCACAGAGCCAUAUGUUUCGAAACAAAAGAAGCUAAUGGCCAAGAUAUUGGACCAUGAUGAUGUGAACAAUCUGAAGAAAAUCCUGAGCGAGUUAGGGAAGGUUUUAGAUGAAGUGGAAGCACAACUUGAGCGGUGGAAACAGGAAUUAGCAGGACAAAAAUGUGAAAUGUGGCUGUGUGGAUCAGUCUUUACCUUAGCAGACAUUACUCUUGGAGCAACGUUACAUCGCCUCAAAUUCCUGGGUCUCGCAAAAAAGUACUGGGGAAACGGAAGCCGACCCAAUUUGGAAGCGUACUUUGAAAGGGUGCAGAAACGUGCUGCAUUCCGAAAGGUUUUAGGAGACAUACACACCACAUUACUGUCUGCCGUUUUGCCGAAUGCAUUCCGCCUUGUGAAAAGAAAACCACCUUCUUUCUUUGGGGCCUCGUUUUUAAUGGGAACCCUAGGUGGAAUGGGAUAUUUUGCUUACUGGUAUCUGAAGAAAAAGUAUAUGUAAUUCCUAAAUGUAAUUCUGUGGUCUGUGUAAAUGUGUGAUACUAUGGAAUGUUUAAAAAAAAACAUGAAUAAUCUCUCCAGGUGAACUCUGUAGUACUGGUAACAUUCCAUGCAUUAGGAUGGUAUAUAAUACUUUAACUGCCUUUUUUUUAAAAAAAACACAUCUUAAUUCAAGACCUCUGACACACAUCUCGGGCCAGAACUACUCUAAGAUUCAUAAAUGUCACCAGGUAGUAAAACAGUCAGAAGCAAAAUCAAUAUAGCUUUAGAAAACUACGUUGUACCUUACCUUUAAACAGCAAGCGAUCCUACGUAACUCUUUCCUGUCGGUAGAAUUUAAAACCAAAACCAGUUCUGACACCUUAAAAUUAUUUUGAGCAAUUUAAUCAUUUGUUUGACUGCUACCCAAUUCAGCUUUAGCUGACAGGAUGCACAGUAUUGAGGAUGAUCAGAUCUAUAGAAUCCCAUUUGGAACAAACACUUAUUUCCUGCUAAUGUUAAAAUGUUUUGAUGCCACUUUGAAAGAAUUUAGCGAAUCAUUUCAAAGCCCGGUUUGGGGGCAACACAUUUUAUGAAAUAGCAGAAAUAAAUUGAGUGAAAUUCGUGAUGAAAAACAUGGAAGUCCAAAUUCAUGACUGCCAUUGAGGAGAUAAAUUAAAGUGCACUUAUUCCUCCUCAAAAUUGUCCCUCAUAUUUUCUCCUAUUAGAAGGCACAAUUCAUACUGGGAUGGAUAUACAGUUGUUUCACUGACAGUAGCAAUCCUCCAACACCUCGUAUCUCAGCCUGAAUCUGCAUGCAACCAAUGUCUAUUCAUACAUGUUCCAGUAAAGAUCUUUGAAACAACAUUCUUCAUUGACAAAGUUGGUGCACAGCACUAAGGCGAUUGCACCAUCCAAGAAUUGGCUUGACUGAAUUCAGCUAACUGAGCAAAGGCCAGGGAUCAAACUUCCUCAGUCUGUAUGGUUAUUAUCACAGUAUCUGGUACACAGUCAUCAGAGCUAUUAAGGAUUUUUUUUAAAAAAUGGUAAGUGCAAAGGACACACUUGCUGGCCUCUGAUAGUUGCUAUACUUUGCAAGUGGCUAUUCCAUUAAUAGGCCCCUUUCAUUUACAAAAUGGUUGAAUUGUGAUUUCUGUUUUGCUAAGAGCUAACUACACACUUACAGUAACAAAGCAGCUUAGACGAAUCCACUUCACUAGCUCCAGACCAGGUUUUGAGUCGACGCAAAAAUCUAAAAGCUGUUAUGCAAUAGUAACACGCCAACACAAGCCAAUGAAACUGAAAUGUAUCUGAACCAACCCACACAUAAAACUGGUUAAUAAUAACCAGGUGUUGAGUUCCUCUGGAUCAUCAUUUAAUCACUGUAUCAAGCGAGAAUAGAUUUAUGUAGAACAAGCUUCACAUAAGACCAGAAGGCAGAAAUGGAGACAGCAGAUAAGAGGGAAUAGGGAAUACUAACAAGCCAUUAAUAUGUGGAUCAUUAGUUAGAUGUCAUUGUAUCCACAAACCAUCAUUACUUUAGCCAACUACUUAGUUGAAGGUGGUUGUACAAAGGAACAAGCUCGAGAUGGAAUAAAGCUCAGCUAAUCAGAAGCUCUGUGUAUAUUCAAUUUUUCGAAAAACACAUUGUGUUCUACCUCACGUCCAUAAAUCUGGUUCACUGAAAUAGAUUUCCAUAGCAGAAGCAAAUAGAGAGAGUCCACAGGUUGUACUGUAAAACAAAUCAUUUAAAUUUUCUUAAAACAAUCAAGACAAAUCACUGCAUCUGCUCAGUUCAAUUUCAAUGCAAAUAUCAGUACACACAAACAGGAACCAGGCCUUUUUGGCCUCACUGUUUACAUCAGGAUUCUAGCUUGAUCACUCAAGAUUCCUGACCACAAUAGCAGCCUUAAGACUACACUGUUAUCAAAAUCAA